AUGGAGAAAUUGGCUUUUGCGCUGAUAACGGCUUCUAGGAAGUUGAGACAUUACUUCCAAGUUCAUGUCAUCAAUGUCAUGACGGACCAUCCGCUUAAGAAGGCAAUGAACAAGUUGGAAGCCGCAGGACGACUGAUUCAGUGGGCAGUUGAACUUAGCGAAUUCGACAUUCGGUACCAACCGAGAAAUGCAAUAAAGGCUCAAGCCUUAGCAGAUUUCAUCGCAGAGUUCACUCCAAGUUACGAAGACCUGGGGGAAGGAGAGUACAACAAAUGGGUCAUCCAUGUAGAUGGAUCAUCUACAUUAUAUGCUGGAGGAAUAGGAGUUGUUUUGCAGUCGCCGGAAGGGGACAAAUUGAAAUACAAGGCCCGUCUGCAAUACCAGACUACUAACAAUGAAGUGGAGUAUGAAGCCCUUUUAAAGGGGUUGGAACUGGCCAAAUCUGUAGAAGCAGACACAAUACUUGUCAUGGGAGAUUCUCAACUGGUCAUAGGCCAAGUCAAUGGAACAUAUGAAGCCAAGGAAGACAGAAUGAAGAAGGAAGAGAAUGUAGAGGCAGAUACUCUGGCGAAGGAAGCAUCUGCGAAUGAGGCGUUGGACGAUAUAGAUGGUGUAUACUACAUGCCAAGUAUAGACCUUCCAGAACUGAUGCAGAUAGAGGGAGAAGAAAAUUGGAUGACCCCAAUAGUGUCCUACUUAAAGGACGGAAGGCUUCCAGAAGAGAAGGACGAAGCUAGGAAGCUCAAGGUCAAGUCAGCCAGGUAUGUGCUUAUGGACGAGGUGUUAUACAAGAGAGGUUUUUCCCAGCCUCUCUUAAGAUGUUUGGCCCCAGACGAAGCGAAUUACAUGUUGAGGGAGGUUCACGAAGGAGCAUGCGGGAACCAUUCAGGAGCCAGAUCACUCGUCCAUAAAGUCAUCCGUAGCGGGUUCUAUUGGCCAACCAUCCAAGCUGAUGCUAAAGCAUAUGUCAAAGUAUGUGAUCAAUGUCAACGCUUCAGCAACAUUCCCAGACAACCAGCAGAAUAUCUCACGCCAAUGAUGGCCCCUUGGCCUUUCGCGCAAUGGGGACUAGACAUUUUGGGGCCCUUUCCGACUGGAACUCGGCAAAUGAAGUUUCUGGUGGUGGGAAUAGAUUACUUCACAAAAUGGGUGGAAGCCGAACCCUUAGCCAAAAUUACGCAGCAGAAUGUCAAGAACUUCGUCUGGAAGAACAUUAAACCGGUGUACUACACUAGCCGGGCACUCAGAGGAGCAGAGGGAAGAUAUCCGCUCAUGGAGAAAUUGGCUUUUGCGCUGAUAACGGCUUCUAGGAAGUUGAGACAUUACUUCCAAGUUCAUGUCAUCAAUGUCAUGACGGACCAUCCGCUUAAGAAGGCAAUGAACAAGUUGGAAGCCGCAGGACGACUGAUUCAGUAG